AUGACAUACAAAUACACCGAGCCAACCAAGAGAAUCGUAUUGGAUGAGCACCUCGAGCUAUUCAAGCAAAGCGAUACAUUCAACGCCCUGCUCGAGUACAUUGACAGACUCAACGGGGCUGUGGUCGACGUGAAGCUGACUGAUGAGGUGCACAUAUCUGCUGGAGUGUACAAAGUGCUCAGUGUGCUGGAUAGAGUGGAUGCUAUCACAGAACAGUCCCCGCCUAUCGACAACAAGCAGUCACGCUUCGGUAAUCCUGGAUUCCGUGAUUUUCUCGAUAGAGUAGUGGAGGCCAGUCCAUCGCUGCACAAAGCUUUAGAUAUACCCAGCGAGGCUAUACCAGAAGUCUCCACCUAUUUCAAUGAAUCUUGGGGUAAUAGACAGCGCAUCGACUAUGGCAGUGGUAUGGAGCUCAACUUUAUAUGCUGGCUUAUCUGCUUGGAUCGUUUAGGUGUCUUCGGUCCUGGCGAUGAGGCUGCUUUGGUACUUAGAGUGUUUUGGAGAUAUAUCACAAUCAUGCGCAAACUGCAAUCAACAUUCUGGUUAGAACCAGCUGGCAGUCAUGGUGUUUGGGGGUUAGAUGAUUACCAUUUCCUCCCUUUCCUCUGGGGUGCUGGUCAGCUCAGUGCGCACAAAUACCUACGUCCAAAGAGCAUACACGAUCCGGAAGUUAUGUUCGAAAUGGCAGAUGAGUAUAUGUAUCUCAGCUGUAUUAAAUUCAUCAACUCUAUCAAAACGGCUUCUUUGAGAUGGCAUUCGCCCAUGUUGGACGAUAUCAGCGCAGUUAAAACAUGGAAAAAGGUAAAUGAGGGAAUGUUCAAAAUGUUUAGAGCAGAAGUGUUGAGCAAGUUGCCAAUUGUGCAGCAUUUUAUGUUUGGAAGUAUUUUGCAGGCACCUGAAGGUGUUCCGGUGCAUGCAGAGGAGGUAGACGGAUGUGGACAUACACAUACACACACACAAAAAGCAGGAACAGUCGAUCGCACACAACAUCAUGGAGGAUUUGGAAGUGACUGUUGUGGAAUACCCGUGCCAUCAGCAUUCGGAGAAGCGGCAGCGGCGAGUAGCAAACCCAACAACUCGAUACGUCGCAUACCAUUUGAUUAG